UAAUGACUCGCAUGAAUGCUUUUUACUCCAUAAUCUGAAUCAAUCUCUCUCUCUCUCUCUCUCGCUCUCGCUCUCGAUUUCUCUCGUUUUCUUCACACCUCUCUCCCUCUCUCGGAGGUUUAGGGUUUCGCUAUGGCGGGAAAAGGGGGAAAAGGGCUUCUGGCAGCGAAAACCACCGCAGCUAACAAAGACAAAGACAAAGACAAGGAUAAGAAGAAACCUAUUUCUCGCUCUUCUCGUGCUGGAAUCCAAUUUCCUGUGGGUCGUAUCCACAGACAGCUGAAGCAAAGGGUCCAAGCUCAUGGACGUGUUGGCGCAACUGCUGCAGUUUACUUGGCCUCCAUUCUUGAAUAUCUGACAGCAGAGGUUCUUGAACUUGCGGGGAAUGCAAGCAAGGAUCUCAAAGUGAAGAGGAUAACACCAAGACACUUACAGCUUGCUAUCAGAGGAGAUGAGGAGCUUGACACUCUCAUCAAAGGAACCAUUGCCGGUGGUGGUGUUAUUCCCCACAUUCACAAAUCCUUGAUCAACAAAACCUCCAAGGAAUGAAUGAUUCGUCUUGUGUUAAGCUUCUGAUUUAUAUAAUAUGGCUGUUGACUGAAUCUCAAACUAGGUGUUAAUUAUGAUGACUUUGAUUAAACUAGGAUUUAGCUUGAUUCUCUUUUGCAAGUAAUUUGUUUAGAACUAUGAUGCUUUUAGGAUGUAAAUUGGUCAGGGAUGGUGCUUUCAUGUGAUCUUUUUAACUGCUGGAUUUGUUCUUAUAGUUGUAGCUUUGACCGAUCGAAAUUAUCCUUUUUUUUUGUUAUAAUAUAUGAUUUGUAGUCUUUAUUGUUUAUUUAUUUCUGUCUAUGAUACAACGGGUUAUUUAUUGAAUUCUA